CUCAAUGCGCACGGCUCGCGAGCCUGGCGUGGAAGAAAAGUCAGCCAUUUUGCCUCACGGAAUUUCGGAAGUGUUUGGAGAAAAUAUACAAUUGUGGGAUGCAGAAACGCAGGGUAAUUUUGCCUAGAUGAUGGCGUGUACCAUGAAGAUUAGAACUGGGGUAGAAUAGACUUUUCAUGGCCAGAUUCGUCAGGAGCAAAACACACGAAAAUUCAGGGGGGCCAGGCUUCCUGUCAGACUCGGCUCAGCCCGUCAGCCUUAGCGACCUGUUCUAGGCACAAAAGAUUGUCUUGAAAACAAUUUUCUGGAUCUGUUGCGUUGACUCGGAUUAAUGUGUGUCAGUUUAAUCAGUGUUGGACCUUUCUUGGGGACGAAGUUAUUGUUUUUGCAGCUUAUUUCUGCAGUUCAUUAGCGCUAGCAUCCCAAUUAUUUAUUCAAAAUGUCUACCACAACUCGGACCCCCCUUCAGCCGCUCCCCGAGUCGGUGACAGUAGAUCUCCACGCAACGGAUGACAAUCCGAACCGGGACCCACGAAUCACCAGACCCCGAACCACAGAUGAGCCCCACAUAGGGAAAUACCGGCUCAUCAAAACGAUUGGGAAGGGAAAUUUUGCAAAAGUCAAACUUGCCAAGCAUGUGCCAACUGGAAGAGAGGUUGCAAUAAAAAUUAUUGACAAGACACAGUUAAAUCCAUCAAGUCUUCAGAAGCUCUUUCGAGAAGUUAGGAUAAUGAAGUGGCUUGAUCACCCAAAUAUAGUCAAACUAUUUGAGGUGAUAGAGACAGAAAAGACACUGUAUCUUGUCAUGGAAUACGCAAGUGGAGGGGAAGUAUUUGAUUACCUAGUUGCUCAUGGGAGGAUGAAAGAAAAAGAAGCAAGGGCAAAAUUUAGACAGAUUGUUUCCUCUGUGCAGUAUUGUCACCAUAAGCACAUAGUACAUAGGGACUUAAAAGCUGAAAACUUGUUGCUAGAUGGAGAUAUGAAUAUCAAAAUAGCAGACUUUGGUUUUAGCAAUGAAUUUGUUCCUGGAAACAAAUUGGACACAUUCUGUGGUAGUCCUCCAUACGCUGCACCAGAGUUGUUUCAAGGGAAAAAGUAUGAUGGACCAGAGGUUGAUGUGUGGAGUUUAGGUGUCAUAUUAUAUACACUGGUCAGUGGCUCCUUGCCAUUUGACGGACAGAAUUUAAAAGAGCUACGAGAACGGGUUUUGAGAGGGAAGUAUAGAAUACCAUUCUAUAUGUCAACAGACUGUGAGAAUCUACUGAAGAAGUUUUUAGUUUUAAAUCCAUUAAAAAGGGCCAGUUUAGAGACCAUAAUGAAAGACCGAUGGAUGAAUAUAGGUUACGAGGAUGAUGAACUUAAACCUUAUAUUGAGCCUGCACAAGAUUUUAACGAUCCUGUACGAAUAGAAAUCAUGGUGAACAUGGGCUACAACAGGAAAGACAUAGAGGAGUCAUUACGGCUACAGAAGUAUGAUGAUAUUCAGGCAUCAUACCUCUUGCUGGGACGCAGGACGUCAGACUUGGAGGGCAGUGAUAGGUCAGGAAGCAACUUGUCGUUAGGUCGGAUACCAGUGACACCAAAUCGGCCACACGGGGAGAAUAGCACGAAUAGCCAAUCACCAAACAAGGUUACACGCAGUCAAUCAGCAACCAGUGGCAGCACCGGGCAGAAGAGUCGGCGGUUUAGUCAUGGCGGCGAGAACAACGGUAGUAACAAACGCACCACAUCUGCAGCACAAUCUACAUCAUCGUCUCGUCGUCAGAACACAGUGGAUCACACCUCGUCAACGACAAAAGAAAGCACAUUAACAGCCAGGAUGAAAACACCAUCCGGUGGCUCUGUGACAGUCGAGUCGCCCAAGAUAGCUGCUCCAAGCCCAGGUCGUGCAACAGUGCCAAGGAAAACUCCCCACACUUCCAGUACAUCUACACCCAAGAACAGCGUCAUUUCCCAAAACCCGAGCAUUCCGCGUCGGAGCACCUUUAGCCCAGGUGACAACACACCUGUCAAGACAAAAGCAACAAAUGGGCAAGACAUCCGCAGUCAAAGGAGGAAGAGGCCUAAUGAUGCUGAGUCCACGUCAAGCCAUCUUCCAAACUCCACCUCGCCGGCACCUGAUGUUCCCUCUGCUCGGCCAAAGGGUCAUGUGAAAUCUGCCAGCAUUUCUCAGUCAUCUCGGGUUACUGACCUGCCUCCCCUCGGUGAUAAUGAUCCAUUACGGCCGACGGGUUUUCCUUUUGACAGGACAGCACCUGGGAAGUCCUUAGCUAUGUCAGGGGGUAACAAGCCCAACUUGCAACGAGGCACGAAUGCUCGUAACACAUUCCAUGGAAAAGAUAGGCGGCAAUAUGUGAACCCAUACAACGGCCCAGGAGCAAUGCCCACACAUUCACAGGACACAACGGCAAUGGGUCCUUCAAGUGCGAGGGGAUCUUUCUUCAACCGGAUAAAAUCACAGUUCAGUAGAAGACCUGACGGGCAACCAGAGCUGGAACCCACUAGCGUUCGUCAGAAACGGAACCCCGCUACAAAGUACAUCAAAUUGUUCCGCAGGUCGGUGAAUGAGACAAGGGAGGGUGAGGCAGUGAAGCCAAGGUCGUUGCGAUUUACGUGGAGUAUGAAAACGACGAGUUCCAUGGAUCCUAAUGAUAUGAUGAAGGAGAUUAGGAAGGUACUGGAUGCAAACAAUUGCGACUAUGAACAAAGGGAAAAGUUUCUGUUACUUUGUGUUCAUGGGGAUCCGAACACGGACAGUCUGGUGCAAUGGGAGAUGGAAGUUUGUAAACUCCCACGGCUCUCCCUCAAUGGAGUGCGCUUCAAACGGAUCUCUGGCACAUCAAUAGGCUUUAAGAACAUUGCAUCCAAAAUUGCCAAUGAACUGAAACUUUAAUGUUGUAUGAACGUGCCGGGUCGAUGUCUCGGUGCAUGGACUACUUGGUGACUGAAAUACAUGUAUUUUGCUACACCAGACACAAAGGUGAUCACUUCAUAGGUAACUACCGUGUUUACUACUGGACACUAAGCUUUGUGGCAAGAAGCUGAAUGAGAGACUAUUGUUUUUAUUUUGUAUAAUGUGUACAAAAUGUACAGAGAAUCAUAUACUGCACUUCCCUCACCCCUACUGUGUAUACAUUUUUAUUGUAAAUUACUUAUUUAGUAUGAUCAUAGAUGUAGGGGAAGAUGGUAGGUACUUGUUUUUGAAGUCUUUUGUAUAAUUUCAUUGUAAUCGUUGUGGUAGCACCAGGAUGUGCUACCAUGGGAAAUGUCAUUCUGUAUCACAUACCGCAUCAAACAUGAGAUGAAAGAAGGCCUGAUGCUUCAGAUCGCUUUGUACAAUGCUUGAAACAUGUUUUUUUCUUGAUAUCCAUGAUAAAAUAUCAAGGAAAAUUGACGACUAUUUAAUCUGAUCCACUCAUAUCAAUGCACCAUUCCAUCCUCUCAGAACUGUGACAAGUACAGCCAGGUGGGAAAUGGGUAUAUAUCCUCAACUAGGGCCUAGUGUUGUAGGUGCUGGCCCAAACUCUGGAUGUGUAUCUCAUAUCCAGCCUGGCUGUAACAACCCAAACCUUGGUCACACUUUGAAGUGGUCUUUUCAUGCCACCAGAAUACAUCAUGGAUCGUGUCUGACACAUUCAGUGGAGAAAUGAGAGACCUGCUUUCUGAGAACACAAGUUACAAAUACUUUUGUAAAACAAACUGAUAGUUGGCUUAUUUAUUACUUUAUAAAUACCUGUUUAUAACAACUUACCUUAGGAUACAUGUUUUUUAAUUUAGUGGAAAAUAUUGAAUUCAUUAUUUGUAAUAAAAAGUACCCAAACAAAAUAAAACGUAACACCAAGCUGUUAUUGUGAUUCUCUUUUGAAAAACUCAUGCUUCAAAUUUUCGAAUACUUACAAAAGUAAAUGACAUCAAGUCUUAGAUAUUGCUCCUUCAAUAAAAAGUGAAUAUGAUCUAUAUGUUGAUAUUGCUCUCCUUGUGAUCAUUUGUAGCAGUCUGUCUGGUAUAGGCCCAAGCCAGUAAGAAUCUGGUAAGCUGUUGAAAACAUUGAUAAAGUAGAAGAGGCGCACCAUUCAUAUGAGCAGUGAUAACACCACAUUGGCACAAGAAUAUUGCAAUGGCUUUAUAAGUGAUGUGUUGCUGUGAUGUACCUGUGUGCAUUAUACACAGGAUUACUCUGCCAACCAUAAGUUUCUUAAUCAGUAUUUACUGUAGAAGCUGAAUAAAAGUCGUUUGUUACAUCCCAUGCUGAUUGGUUGAAAUAUUUCCAUGGCAGUAUGUAACAUUUAUGGGCCAAUACUUGAAAAUUGUUCCUCUAGAGCAAACACUGUAUAUAUGUAGGAGAUUACUGUAACAGGGGCACUGUGUAGACGUUUUACACACUUAGGUAUCAGUCUUUCCCUCAAGUAUACCAAAUAUGUAUAGUGCACUCAGUGAAAUGCCUACUUGACAAUCCCUACAUAGCCACUUGUGUCUUGUGCAAAUCCAGCUGUCACUGAAAUUGUCAUUACGGUGAAAAAUCUGAUGUCAGUUUGUAUCAGUAUCCUAAGAAUGAAGAUUCUGUCCAAACAGUAUUCUGAAAUAUAUGAACUUCUUUAUUUUUCAUGUUUCAACUGGAAGAAAAUAGGCAUUUGAUUUUAUUCAGGAACUUUUUCAAUAUUUCUCGGGACGUUAACUGUAAUCUUGACAGUGAAAUAUUUUCAAACGUUGGUGUUAAGUUGAUCAGCCGUGAGCAGUCCUGGAGUAGGACUUGUGUCCAUGGUGUCCUGUCAUUCUAAGUAAUGCUCAAAUAAAGAUGUUACUGUGGGAGGCAGUGCCCCCUGUUGGAGGACACGAGUGUUCAGGACUCGGAAUGAAGAUGGUGAUGUGAAGUCCAGGUGUGGUGUGCAGCACAUCGUUGUUGACUGGUACAGACAAACCUGGCCAAGACAGAUGAAUGCAAGGAGUAUCAGUAUCUAGCUAGCUCACAAUCAAUAUGACGACCAUUUGACCUUGAAUGUUUUUGUAUUCAUGAUUUGAUUUCUGGAAUCGCCUUUCAAAAACACAUUUGCCAUUUAACUUACAAUGAAGUAGCUUUCAUUUAUCUGUUGGAUUGUUCUCCAAAUUUGUUAUUUGUUUUUCUUGUUUUGGCCUGAUAAAUUAGUAGUAACACACACCUUCAGGAGUGAUCUGAUGUUUCCAGUAUGCAUGGAUGUGACUCCCCUGGAUUUCUACAUUGCAGAGAACUGGAUGAUCUUGCCUACCAUCUUCUGUAUUGUGAUAAUGUGUACGUAUGUUUUGUGAUAUGGAGUCAGCUGGCAAAUUGAAGGCUUCCGUUUUCUGUGUUAACUGUACUGCCAAGACAAGACACCAAGAGGUGGCAGUUAUUUAUUUCAGGCGUUUACAAUAUACUCUAGUGCUCAAGACAAACUAAAAUCUCCAGAAUCUUCAAGUUAAAUCAUCAAAAGUUACGAGUACAUUUUGUUAAGACAUUUUCAUACUAGACUUUGAUUUGACUUGUUAUUUUCAUAUUUGAACAUAGCGUUCAGUUCAUUUUUCUUCCUUUUCACACAGAAACCCUUUUGAACCGUUUGUGUUCCUAGAUAAGCCAUGAAAUAUAGCUAGGGCGAUAACUGUAUUAUUCAAUAGUUAUAGAUCUCAUUAAUAACCAUUUGCAUAAUUGAAUAUUAUUCAUCAACAUCGAACAACAUAGUAUCAAUAUCAGCAUGUUAUCGUUCUCAGAUAUUGACAGAACAUUGAGAUUCAGGAUAGUUUCUGCGGAAUUCGUGUUUUGAAAUGUGACCAAGUGUCAAAUCUUUAUCAUUAUCCUCUCAGGAGUGCUAACAGGGUAGGGGCUCGAGUAAUCUUCUUCAUGAAAAUAACUUAAAAAAUGUCCGUGUUUUAUAUGCCAAUUGGACAUAAUUUUAACCUGCUUCUCUGCUUGAUGUCAAAGAUCGCUUGUUCAAUUAAGGGUUCUUUGUACUAUUGAAGCUUUCAAAGAAGAUAUUUUCAUGAUAGAAUAUGCUUCUUUUCCCCAAUUACCAAUGGUCACUGUUUGCUUUUGCUGUUGAUGCAGCUUUCUUUCUUGGCAGGCCAUGCUGAUUAGCAAUGUAGCUUAGAAGUGGCCUGCACCAUCUUACAGGAAUAUGCCAAAACAUUGGACCAUAGUGAUUCUAUGUGAACGCAAAAUCCAAAUGCAUCAAUAUGCAGGUUCAUGACAACAUCAUUUAUAGUUUCAAAUCCAUCCAAAGUUUCUAAGGAGUUUUAUUUUUAAUUCUUUUUGAUGGUUUUUUUUUUCACACAGGGUUUUGCAUACAACUCGAGGUUUUUGGCUUUGAGCUUACAGUAAAUAGCGGCAAGCGUUUAGAUCAUAAUUUUGGUUAAAUGACAGGUGUUAGGAUGUCAAGUCUUCUUUGUAAUAUAUUGCUUUUCUAUGAAAUACUCUUUGAUAAUUUGAUAACAAGUCCUUGUGUAAGGGAUGAACCAUAUGAGCUGUGUGUUUUGUAUGUAUAGAAAAAUAGGUCUUGUGAUAUCUUCUGUAUAUUGUUGCAAUUGUACAUUUUUGCCAUAUUUCCUUGUUUCAACACACAACAGGAAAUUCAGUAGAUCAUGUUAAAUUUAAAUGGUGGAAUCUUGAGCAGAAGGAUGAAAUAAUUUAGUUGUGUCAGCAUUGUGCUGGAUUUGUAUUGUUUCAGCAGCAACAUUUCCUACAUCCAAUUGGUCCAGUCUGUGUACCUUCUCUUGAUUGAAGAAUUCACUUUUAUUAAACAGCCCAUGUUGCAAACUUCAUUUCCUAGGUUUUCAGGUAAGAGCAUUCAUUAUGUGGGAAAUGACUUUUUUCUUCUUUUUUUGUUUGAUCAUGACAGAUUUUCAGGUUGAAAGCAUUAGCUUAAGUGUUAUGAUUAUUAUUGAUGUUGUUAUUGAUUUGAGCCUGUUUGUUUCUGAGUUACGUAGGUUCUUCUGUGCAUCAGGGCUUUCCUCCACAAGCAGUACAGGUACUGCAGUUUGCUCCCAUCUCUAGAGGGUAAUGAUUGUCCUUUUUGGUCAAUGAGGCCAUGUUGGGCCCUGGUUUGAGUGAAUGAUAUUGCUUUAAGAAAUACUUGUCAAGGACAACCUUUCAUGCUAGCUUUGAAGCAACAGGGUUGUUUUGAGACAACUCUCACGUCCCCAUUGUGCAGUGUAUAAACAUGCUCAACAUCAGAGGAAUAUUGUGUUCCGCGUUAUGAAUAACAUUUAUAUUUGACAGAUGUAGACUUUUCUACACAAGAUCAUAUUCUUCGAAAUAACAUACUGCUGAAAAUGUUGAAUUUUCAAUUACGAUUGUUUAUGAAAAGAUUGUAUAUUCUGCAAGGUUCUUCAACUAUUGAGGAAUAACCUGCUUCACAUUAUUUUUGUCGAUGCGUACACAUUCAGUAAGCUUCCAAUUUUUCGUUAACAACUACAAACAGGAAAUAUUUCCAAACACACUUGAGUGUGCACUGGUGUUUUUUUCAUACUAUUUGAAAAACACUUCUGAUGCAGAGGUAUGCUAUUUUUGAGAUGACAAGGAUGUUUCAGAUUUGUAUUGUCUAUUUUAGACAUUUGUAAGUUUGAUACAUGGAGCACAUGAUAUCAAUUCCAGUUUCCAUCCCAAAUGUUUUAGAUCCAGUAUGUAUUUCUUGGCUGUUGUAACCAAACCACGUUGGUGAAGUUUUGACGUAAUUUGCACUAGAUUGGAGUAUUAAAAAAAAAUGAUUUCGUCAUUUGUAAAAACAUGUUCACCCAUGGUUCCAGCAAAAUGUUUGGUGUAAUUGGUAUUGUCUGUGGCAAGAUGGGAGAAGCUAGCCAGUACAAUGAUGGUGGUAUGUAUGUUGACUGUGUAGGUUAAUAGUUUCUGAAUUGGAUGUGACACCAAUCCAGGCUGGUGGAGAUAACAUGCUAAGAAACAGUCUUUGUAUUCAUUAAAGUGACCAAAAUGCAUAAUUUGGGAAUACGUAUCUAACACCUGUUUGUGAAAACUCUUCAUGACUUUGUAUAUUUCUGACUUUUUGAAAAUUCUGUAUGAUAAUCUUUUACUUUCAAUUAUCCACUGACAAAUUCUAACAUUAUGAUACGUGUCAAAAUAUUGCAAGGAGACACCAGUUGUAAAGAAGUAAACCGUGACACUGCAAACAGCCCUGUUUCAAUUAAACAUAGACCUGUUUCCCCAUAAUUUCUCCAUUCCUAUGUAAUGCUCAAAGAACUGGAGGCGAUUUAGCUUUGUAGUUGUAUUGGUUUUGUAUAUAGAAAGCAGAAACUGCAUAACAGGUGUGCAUGGUAUGGUUAUGAAAAAUGUAUAUUCACUCGACUCAUUCAUCUUCAGUCAUCCUCUGAAUGCAGUUCUACCUGGGUCCUGAACAAUUUAUUCUGUACAGAGUUUUUCAGGUCUUUCAGUGUUAAUAAUUGAAGCCCUUUCAUCAGAAGGUCUUUCAUGCUUGUUAACUUGCUGCAGGACAUAUCAAGUUGUUUUGUAAAUAUGUGCUCUGGGAUGGGCUUUUCAUGUCCUCCAGGGAUUGUAUAAACAGUAAGACUCUUAGUACAGUGACAGUGGAUGAGUUGAGUGAACUUACCUUCCUGUGUAUUUGUGUCUCAUGAAAGAUAUGAAUCUGUAGAGUUCACUUCCUGUUGUGAUUCUAUACAUAUGUGUACAGAAAUAUUUAUAUUGACACCAAUUUGCGUAGAUAUGCAAGUUUUUUUCAGUAAUAAGAAUUAUUUAACAUAUAAAAUAAUCAUCUGUGAGCAAAUGGACUUAAGUGGAGCUGAACAUGAAAAGACUUAUUUAUUGAAUGUUUAACACUGUGACCAAGCACUGUUUGAGUGGUCCAAUUCCGAUUAUUACUGACAUGUGAAGGCUAUUUCUCUACAGCAUUACCUUGAAAAAUUACUUGCUCACAAUUGUCAAUAUCUAAGGCCUUACUUGUCAUGAAGGAUCUUUUUCUUGUUCAAUAUGAUUAUUUGGAUUGUUGAGAGCACUCAAACUUGAUUUCCAUAGUUUGUGUUACUGUUUGUUUCAUGAACUCAUUGACAAAUUGUGGUGCUCAGGUCAGUCAGUGAUCAUUGACAUGUUUUAAAUGUGACUAGCAGAGUGUCCUUGUGGACUGGAGACAUUUUAUUUAUUUUUUCUAAAUUGUCUGGUAAUCACCAUUGUUCCUUCAUCAAGUUUAUAUUGAUGUGAUUUAUCAAAAUUGGUUUUCUUUAAAUUAGUUUUUUGAUAUCCAUUUGAAACAUUAGCACGCAGAUCCCUUUUGUAAUUGCUAGUAAAACACUCUGGGGACAUCCCUCCUCUGAUUAAGAAACUGGCCAAGGGUGCUCUGAUUUUCACAUUUAACUUGUCUUCAUUCAGAUAUUUAUUUCUAUGACAAUGUGAUGUGUUGAGUAAAUCACCCAUAUGUCAGAUCUGACAUGGUGUUGCAAAGAAUCUAUCACGAAUCUUAAUCUUAAUCUUUUCUGUUUGGUAAGAUUUCUUCUCAAUAGGUGAUACAGAAAAGGAGAUAUACAUUUAUGUGGUGGUGUUCUUGACUUGAAUAAAAGCAGCUUUUGGUAGCUGCCUCUUUUGAAAAGAAGAGUAACCAAAGCAUGCCCUAAUUGGCCUUAGUUACAGGUUGAAAAUAUUUGGUUUGUCGUUAGUACCAAGACAUUUAUAACAUACCAAAAAUACUUGAUAACAUAAGGAUUUAUAAACAUAGUACUCCUCCUAAUAAACUAUUCUUUUAUUGUAACUGGGGCUUUUUCUUUAAUAAUUUAAGGGAAUAAAAACAUUUUUCGAAGUUUCAUGUUUCUACUAUGGCAAGUACAAUUUUCUCGUGAGUUAUGGGUUAUGAAGAUGUGUCGACUUACAUUCAUGUUGGAUCAUUAAUCACUUACGGUAACUCAUGAUCAUGGCUACUGCUGUAUACAGUAGUGCCUCAUAGGUUCCAUACAAUUGUAAAUUAUGUUAAUAGCAACAGGAAAUCUGUGGUAGAGUUCUUCACAGAAUGAAAUAAAAUAUAUCCUAACA